GAACGAUUUGCGGGGAACCUCCUGACUCUCGCAUUCCAUCCAUCCGACCUUUCACUUCGCCGCCAAGUAUAAAUAGUCUGUAUCCUGGAACCAAUUCUUGCACCUUCCCCAACCUAUACUUUUACGCUUGUCCCGGACGAAAAUUUCACCUGCAUAAUCUUCAGCGAGCCUAGUAUUCAGAUCCUUCUCGCAACAAAGCAUUCCAACUCAUUCCAACGCAUUAAACACAUUCCAUGUCUCGAGUUAUUGCAUCCGACCACGUACUCAUUGGGAGCGAAAUUGUCCCAGCGACAGUUAUUUUUUCGGUGGAAUCGGGAAAGAUCCUCAACAUCUACAAGGAGGUGCUUUCCUUAGAUUCCCCCGUCUUGAGCAGAUACGAUGUGGCCGAGUUCCGCGACGUUUCCCCGUUGCAUGUGCUCCCGGGGUUGGUGGAUGCCCAUGUGCACUUGAACGAGCCCGGUAGAACCGAAUGGGAGGGGUUUGCCACGGGUACAAAAGCUGCGGCAGCUGGCGGGGUCACCACCGUGGUUGACAUGCCGUUAAACGCGAUUCCGCCGACAACGACGCUCGAAAACUUCCACAUCAAGCUUGAGGCAGCCAAAGGCCAGACCUGGGUGGAUGUGGGGUUCUGGGGCGGGUUAGUUCCAGAUAACCUCGAGGACUUGGUUCCGUUGAUCCAGGCGGGCGUGCGAGGGUUCAAGUCGUUCUUGAUUGAGAGUGGGGUCGACGAGUUCCCCGCAAUCUCCCUCGCACAUAUUUCUGCAGCGAUGGAAAAGGUUGCAGACUACAAGACUUUGCUCAUGUUCCACGCGGAAAUGGAGCCUGCCGAACCUGUUGCGGCGAACGCCACAGACCCAACCCUCUACUCGACCUUCCUCGAGUCUAGACCCGAUUCGUUUGAAACCACAGCCAUUGCAGGGAUCAUUGGGUGCGCCGCCAAGAACCCUACCGUGCCGCUCCAUAUUGUCCAUUUGGCGACCCACGAGGCGGUGCCGAUGAUUGUCCGGGCGCAGCAGCAGGGCUUGAAGGUCAGUGCCGAAACGUGUUUCCACUACCUUUCUUUGAGCGCUGAGACCAUCCCAAACUGCUCCACGCACUUCAAGUGUUGUCCACCUAUCAGAACCGAGGGCAAUAAGCAGUUGCUCUGGAAGGCGUUGCGCGACGGCGUCAUCCAGACGGUGGUGAGCGACCAUUCACCUUGCACGCCAGAGUUGAAGGGCUUGGAAAGAGGUGAUUUCAUGGAGGCCUGGGGCGGGAUUGCCUCUGUAGGGUUGGGAUUGCCGAUUAUGUACACCGAAGGACUCAAGUUGUCUCCUCCUGUUUCGCUCGUGGAGAUUCUGCGGUGGACCUCGACCAACACCGCCAAACAGGUUGGGUUGGGCCACCGUAAGGGCCAGAUCAGCGUGGGCUACGACGCGGAUUUGGCGAUUUUUGAUCCAGCCGCCAGUCAUAAGGUGGAGAACGCCAGAACCUUCUUCAAGAACAAGUUGACCGCCUACGACGGACUCGAUUUACAGGGCAGGGUCACUGAGACGAUUGUCAGAGGAAACACUGUAUUUACUCUCGCUGACGGCCAUUCUAAGACUGCCUUGGGAGGUUUGAUCUUGGAGCCAAGAGUGGACUAGAAGGUACAACCAGGAAUAGUGAUUUUAUGCAUUGUAAGCGGGUUGAAUGGAAAAUGUGCUCGGUUCCUGGAUAUUGACGUACGGUUAUAUGUAACUUGGAAUGGAUAGACAGGAAUAGGGCCAAAUCGAUCCAAUGGUGACCUACUUUCUAACGGACCACAAAUCAACAGUGUUGCAUACUGAUUUUCUGUGUAGAAAUAUAUCUCAUUGACGUUACAGUAUCGUACACGGAAGCCACUGGCCACCUUUUGAGAACCCCCCCUCGUCCAUACCGCUCAAUUUACCUUUAUUUUUUAUUCAUAAUUCAAAAAUAAGUUAUACAACGGGAUUCCUAUUUAUAUAAAC